CGGUAUAUUAGUGUUUAAGAUAGAUACAAACGGUGAAAUUCUUCAAAUUUCCAUUUUUAGGCCCUCAAAGGGCGGAAUUCCCGGCGGGGGGAGUCCGUUAGUGGUAACUCCCGCCGGCAGGUGCGGAUCUAGUGAUUAGAAAGUAAAACGGGUCCCGUAGUUAAUUGGAAGUGCCAGUUAUGGUAGCUGCCAUAUAUUGUGGAUCGUCAAAACCGGCAAGUAUCGAACACUUUCUUCGGCCUUUCGUGGAUGAGCUAAAUUUUCUCAUGAAGAAUGGACUACUCAUCAAAAACAGAAAAGUAGCGAUACAAAUACGUGCCAUUAUAGCUGAUUCUCCAGCUCGUGCAUAUAUCAAAGGUGUAGCCAACUACAACGCUCGUCACGGUUGCUUGAAGUGCAUUACGGAAGGACGGAGUAUGCGAAGAAGAGUAACAUUCCCGACAUGUAUUGCUCCAGAGCGCACAGAUGAAAGAUUUAGAAUGCGCGUGUAUGGCGAUCAUCAUAAGUUUGAUUCUCCUAUUUUAAACUUGGAUAACUUAGAUUUGAUCAGUCAAAUAAUAGUUGGUGAUUCACUGCAUUUAAUUGACUUAGGUAAUACGAAACGAAUGCUUAACGGCUGGGUAAAUGGUAAACUUGGAAUUUAG